AUCCAAGUAAACAAGAAUUCAUAUAUUUGUUUUUAUAAAUUGCGAAUUUCCCUAAUUGGUAAAUCUAUCAUUAGAAUUUUAGCUUUCCAUUUAAAUUUUUGAAGACAUAACAUAAUUUUCGAUUCAUAUCUAACCUUAGUGACACAGUGAGUCUUGUUUAAUAAAUACGCCCAUAAUACUAAUUAUACUGACUAUUAAUUAAUUUUUAAAUAAUCCAAUUUACUGUUUCAAUACCGUUAUUGACCUAAUAUAUUUUAUGAAUGUGGGGAUCUUUAACCGAGUCAAUAGUAAGAACCGGGAGAGUGACGGAAUGUACUCAGAAUGGAGUUCGUUGCCAUUGGAGGGUGGCGGGUGUGGGGUACUUGGAGCUGUGGGAGGACGUGAUGUAGUCCUGGCUGUUGUGAGGCAAUUAGCCUCACAUCAACCUAGCCCCCUCAAUACAGAUGCGGAGGUGGAAUGGGUAUUAGAAGUAAUACGAUAUGGGCUAUCCUUACCACUUUCUGAGCAUGAGGCUGUACGUGACUGUGUCCGCGUGUGUUGUUCAUGGUUGUCUGCAUUACUUCCUCCAGCUGCACCAGCACAGCCGCCACCUCCGGCUGUGCCUGCCCCUUUAGCAGCUUCACCUGAACGCUAUGCCACCAAAAUACUCAGUCAUCUACAUAACUUAUUUGUUCCUAGACACAAUGAAACUCUCACAUUCAUUUAUCAAACGGAUUUAAGUGCUGAUCUAAUCAGCAAACAAGCAGUUCUUUGCCAUCGAGUCCUACGGUUAGCUCGAUCAUUAGCUGACAGUGCAUCAUUGGGUUCUCGAGAAUGGCGAGCCUUGUUGCUUCUGUUGCUUGCGGCUGCCUCAGCUCUGUUGGCUCCACCAGCUCCAGUGCAUGGAGCAGCUGAGCAACUCUGCGAAAGGGUGCUUUGUGUGCUGUUUGAAGUGUGGAUACUGGCUUGCCACAGAUGUUUUCCAUCUCCGCCACUAUGGCGUACAUUGCGGGAACACUGUAUAAGUUGGCGUCACCGAGCACCGCUCACCGAGCAAUGGACACGUGUCUCGCUAUGUCUCACAGCGAGACUUCUUAAGCAUAUGUAUGGACCCCUGUUUCCUGUUAUGCCCAUAAGUGACGAAGACGCCACACUAGUUCCAGCGGAUAUGAGCGCUGAAAGCGUGAUGCAGAGCUGGUACCGCAUACUUCAUACUAUUGGGAAUCCGGUGGACCUUUGUCAUCCUCAUCUUAUUGCGCAUACGCCGCAUCUGUUGCAGUACUCAAUGCGGUGGGAGGAAGGGUCGAACCAACAGGCGUGGUUAGCUGCACUUCCUGCCAUCUUCCACCGAGCCAUGCUGGGGUUGGCCGCUCACGUGGACGCUUUCCUUGGGCGUGGUCAGGAGCGAUGGUGGGCAGGGGGGGCCGGGGUGGCGGGGGUGGCGGACGAGCAAGAGGAAGAACUUACACCGCCCACGCAUCGAAGACUCGCUAAGUCAUUCAGCACGUCACGGCCGAGGGAGAAGAUGCCUGAAAAAAGUACUCCCCGAUCGUCUCUUAUAGCUUUGACGGGCAGUCGUCCAUCCAGCGUUAUUCCGACAACUCCGCCUAAUUCUAUAUCGUCUCAAGUUGGUGAGACGGAGAAGCCGCCUUUAACGCCUUUGCGCCCAAAAGUGAACUCAAUAUUGCAUUUGUUUGGUGAAUGGCUGUUUGAGGCGGCCCUGAUCGGGACUAACCCUGCGAAUACUCAACAAAGAUCUGAAGGAACUCCGCCACCAUCGUCAUUUUCGGACUCUUCGCAGAAACUGAAUUUGUUCAGUUAUCAAGCUGGUCGCGCUGUAGCCUUAGGCACGUUAUGCCGGGUGAUAUGUUCGAAACAAUGUCGAGAAGAAGUUCUCGCUCCGUACUUGGCUCGUACGUACGCUGCCUUACAACGCGGGCUAAGGGACCCGGCUACUGCAGCCGCCGUGGUUUUGGAUGCUGCUGACAUAUUCAGAUUGGACCUCGACGGCGUUUUAGUCCUAGUUCCAGACUUUAUAUCGGCGUUAGAUCGGAUCCUUUCAGAGCGUGAGCCGAAGCUCGAAUGCGGGUCCAUAGACAAGCGUGAACUGCGCAAGGCCGCUAUCAGUCUUCUGUUGUCUUUGGUAGCUUUCCCUUACCACUAUAAGGGGUUGCCGGUACCCGAGUUCCCGGGCUGUAAUGAAUACGCGGGUAUGACCUUGGGUGAAUACGCACGUGCGAAGCUCUCCCUGAUCUGCGUGUCAGCAGUGCAAGUGGAAACGUCAGACUCCCUUGCCGUACCUUUACUUAGCGCCCUCUACUUGUGCGUGAGACAUAACACGCAUUCCCCAAAUAAGGCCCACAGCGCCCCGCCCGGUUCGGCUCUCUCCCAUAGUACAGAGUACAAAGCUCGAUCAGAGGGCGGCAGUGGUCCUGCAAGUGCUGAAAGCGUUCAAGAUGACUUCGCCGCCGAUGUUAGGGAGCUAGAUCCAUCAUCGCCUGUUUUCGGUGCCGCACUUGUAAUUCGAGCGACAUAUCUCGUGUGUCACCGGCUUAUAUCCUCCUGGAAGGGAGACCUGCAGGUUUCCUUGGCUGCGCUGGAGUUGCUCUCGGGCCUUGCCAAGUUGCACUCUGCUAAACCAGAAAUAAUAAUAGACGCAUUGGAACGUAAGCGCGCAGUACGUUGGAUUUGCGACUACAUAUCAGUGCAAUGCGGAAGACCGCCGCAAGCGCACUCUCGAGAUCUCCACUCGUGUGUGGUGGCUGCCUACACGUGUCUCGCUUCCUGGCUUUGCCCGGCGCUGCUUAACGACCCGGAUUGCCUGGCUGCCCUUAUGGAGGUCGUCGAACUGGGUAUAUCCGGUUCUAAGAGUCAGGGAAAGCCCGGGGAGCCAACCAAAAUGAAAGACGAGAAGGAACUGAAGCCUGUGUCCAUGAGAGUGCGUGAUGCAGCCGAAGCACUGCUCAUGUUGAUUUUGGAACAGAGUGGCUCAAACGGUACGGGAACUUGGUGUCGUCUGGACGAGCGUUGGCUCUCUGCCCUCGGUCACGGCAAGUUACGGCAUUUUGUGGCAGAUGGCAGCACUUUAUUGUCGUUGUUAGAAGAACCGCUCGCGAACAGUCAGGAACCACAGCCCACUAUUGUCGUGAUCAUCCGUACAGGCUGGGGUCGUUACGCGUGGUCCCUGAGCAGCCGAGGUGCGGCUAGGAGCGCUGGCAGGGGGGCGGGAGGGGCGUGCCCCCGGCCCGUGGCUAUCCUGGAGCCCCCCGCUAGGCCUCCGCCUCAUUGCCGACCGCUGUGUGCCCCGCCGCCGUGUGCCCUUGACUCGGCAUUUCCAAGUUUGGACUCGGUGCUCCGUCAACUGAAUGACCCAGAAGCCACCGUACUGUUUAAGCUGUUGGAACAACAGGCCUCUAUCGAACGACGCGUUAGGGAGAGUGAGGAUAAUGUUACUGGCGAGGAAUAUGUACCGCCGGAGCCCGUGACGGAGUUUCAGACGGCGCGAAUGUUUCUCUCGCACUUUGGUUAUCUCAAUAUCGCCCCUGAUAAAAAGAAUUCCUUACCCCGUCUUCAAGCGUUGGAUAGUUCGGCGAGCGAUUUCUCAGCGGCUUUGCGACGUUUGGACGGGACGGGGAGUCGUGCCGCGUUGACCGUGCACGUCCUCUGCGUACGCGCAGGACAGAGACGUGCCUCUGACAUAGUCGCUAAUUCCCUUAGUGCGGAAACAGUGCCUGCUGGGUUCAUACGUAUGUUGAGAGGUCUGGGCACGCCAGUCCGAGUAUCCGGGCAUGCCGGUUGGACCGGACAUGUCCGUACGAGCUACGACGCACAACCGCACUUUACGCACACGGAACAGACUCCACCGGACAAGAUAGCACCGGCUUUGUAUGACGGACGGGAACAGGUUUUAUAUUGGUCAGAUUCAACGGACGAAAUAGCCUUUGUGGUCCCUUCUGGUAAUGAGCUAAACGACGCCGAGGAAGAGACGAAGACUGAUGUGGAUGGCUCCUGUUUGUCUGUUAAUCGCAAUUCUGACAAGGGUCACGGGUCAUGUUGGGAUGUAUCGAGUGGGUCACACGUGAGUUACGAGCGCAGUACGAGCGAAUGUGAGCGUACACGAACACGUGCGCCUUUAUCGGACAAAACCCGGGCAUUGUCGCUUGAAUUGGACCGGGCGCUUACUGGAAGCGGUCGAAGGAACAGAGAUUUCACACCAAAGAUACUCAUAAUAUGGCUGGAAGAUUUUGAAGAUCAUCUCAAUUUACCCAUUGACGAUUUGCUCCGCUAUUGUGAAACGGGCGUGCCUUGGCGUCGCCACGAAGUAUGGUGCGUGUGCGUGAGUGCAGUUCUGGGCGGCCUCGUGCGUCUUCUCUGUCCACCUGCGGCCGGCGUACUGGCUGAUGGAGCGCUCGUGGCGCCACGCCUUCUACCAGACUGCUUACGUCGCGCUGCAACUCAUCUUGCACGCCGAACGCGGCUUAAUACUGAUCUCUACCAACCGCCCCACGUGCGCAGGCGCCACUUAAUACAGGAGAUCGCGCAGCAAUACAAGAAGGAUUUAGACGAACCGCAACUUCUCGAAUCUCUGUUUAAAGCACCUUAACACUAUUUUUAAGAAUUCUUUAACAUUAAUUUUAAGACUGAAUUGCAUGUUAUUUGUUUAAAGCUUUACAUUCCAUGCGGACUAUAUUGUACUUAAAUAAUUUUAUUUAUGAAUAAAAUAAUAUGUAUGUAAAUGUCUU